AAACCAAGCAGCAGCUGCAGGCAUCAAUCAAAGGCUCAGCGCAAACGCGUGGUCUGUUUCGGUCCGUAGAUCACUUGUUAUUCCCUGCUCUUCUCUCCCACCAGACCAAGAUGUUCGCCAAAUUGAGAGGCCAUUUUACAAUUUCCCAGAUUAACCGGAUCUCUUCUGUACUACAACCACUCCAUCAGCAGCACUAUUCUCCCAAAUCCCAACAACCAUGUCUCUGACCAUUAAACUCCACGUUACCACCUCCUACCUCAAUCUCAACCUCAACACUUCCAAAAACACUACCAAAGUCGCAAACUUUAAGGUUAAGCUUCGAACCAAACCCAUUUACCAUUGCGACCCGUUACUCUCCGUCGUCUCCAACAAUUCCGCAAUGCAUGCUUCUGCUCUACCGGGUCAACCCGCCAUCAGGAGCUCGCUGAUUGACCCCGACGGCGGGGCUCUGGUUGAUCUUGUGGUGCCGGAGAGCAAGAAAGCCUCCAAGGCCUUGGAGGCAGAGUCACUGCCCAAGGUGAAUCUUACAAAGGUUGAUCUUGAGUGGGUCCACGUCGUCAGCGAGGGAUGGGCCAGCCCAUUGAGAGGGUUCAUGAGGGAGGACCAGUACUUGCAGAGCUUGCACUUCAAUUCCUUGAGAACCCAAGAUGGGUCUGUGGUCAAUAUGUCGCUUCCCAUUGUGUUGGCUAUUGACGACGAGACUAAGGAGAGAAUUGGGUCGUUGCCUAAUGUGGGGUUGCUUGGACCUAAUGGAGAUUUAAUUGGUAUAUUAAGCAGCAUUGAGAUUUACAAGCAUAACAAAGAAGAAAGGAUUGCUAGAACUUGGGGGUCAACCGCUCCGGGAUUGCCAUAUGUUGAGGAGGCCAUCACACCAGCUGGAAACUGGCUUAUUGGCGGCGAUUUGGAAGUAUUAGAGCAUAUCAAAUAUAACGAUGGGCUUGAUCACUACAGACUCUCUCCUCAACAGCUCCGCAAAGAAUUUGAUAGGCGUCAGGCUGAUGCCGUUUUUGCUUUUCAGCUGAGAAAUCCUGUGCAUAACGGCCAUGCUUUGUUGAUGAACGAUACACGCAGGCGACUCUUGGAAAUGGGCUACAAGAAUCCAAUUCUUUUGCUUCAUCCUUUAGGAGGUUUCACAAAGCCUGAUGAUGUGCCCUUGGAUGUUCGGAUGGAGCAACAUAGCAAGGUCCUAGAAGAUGGAGUUCUUGACCCUGAAACAACCAUUGUGGGUAUAUUCCCAUCACCUAUGCACUAUGCAGGCCCAACUGAGGUACAGUGGCAUGCCAAAGCACGGAUAAAUGCAGGCGCAAAUUUCUACAUUGUGGGCCGUGAUCCUGCCGGUAUGGGACACCCAACAGAGAAGAGGGAUUUAUAUGACCCUGACCAUGGGAAAAAGGUGUUAAGCAUGGCUCCUGGGCUCGAGAAGCUCAAUAUUUUGCCUUUCAGGGUGGCAGCUUAUGACAAUGUGGAGAAAAAGAUGGCAUUUUUUGAUCCUUCGCGUGCUAAAGAUUUCCUCUUCAUCUCUGGAACCAAGAUGAGAGCUUUUGCAAAGAGCGGAGAAAACCCUCCUGAUGGUUUUAUGUGUCCCGGGGGAUGGAAGGUUCUCGUCAACUAUUAUGAGAGCUUGCAAACAGAAGAGGCAUCACAGCAACAAGCCGUUUUGUCGACUUAGAUAUCAAAUCAAUGAUAAAAUUAAUACCAGAGUUUCAGUCAGCUAAGUUAAUUCCAGUCUAGCAGGAGAAGAACGUAGCCGCUAGCCAGAUUAUAACCGACCCAUCGUGUUUGCUAACGAAUGCCUGUAAAAUAUUGAUUUUCUUUUUCCCUUUGUCACCCAAUUUUUUUGUUUAUGAGGUUAUAUUUAUAUAAUGGGCAAGUACUUAUUUUUUUCUACAAUUUAUGCAUUCUUAUUUUGUCCU